AUGGAGCAACAAGAAGAGAAGAAGAGAAAAGACUACAAAGGAAGAAGAAGACAAUCAAAAUCAACUUUGUCUCUUCCUCUCGAUAUAACCUCAGAGAUACUCUUACGUCUGCCUGAGAAAUCUGUAGGGAGGUUUCUUUGCGAGUCGAAGCUUUGGUCAUCAAUCACCACCGAUCCAUAUUUCAUCAACUUGUUCGAAACUCAGUUGCCUCCACAUCCAAGUCUUCUACUCUGCUUCAUAAAAGAUGGCAACUUGUUUGUUUCCUCGAUUCCCCAGCAUACACUUCAUCAGAAUUCAAACAAGUCUUACUCUUCUUCUAGCCAAUAUUUGAUCGUUAUCCUUUGGAAUUCCCAGAAGAAUGGCUUGAUCUGCUUUCCAGGAUCAGGAAAGCCGAUAGUUUGGAACCCUAGAAAGAGACAGGUCUCAACUUUUCCCAAACCAAGACUAACCUGGAAAACUAGAGAAAUAUUUUUGGGAUAUGAUCCAAUCGAAAGUAAAUACAAACUAAUGUGCGUUCCUUCAAGAAGAAGUAGCGACGUGUGCCAAGUUUUAACAUUGGGAUCAGCUCAAAAAUCAUGGAGAACUGUCAAAACUAACCAUAAGCAUCGUUCUAGUUUUCGUAAUUCAGGGCGAUGCAUUGACGGGGUUAUAUAUUAUAUAACCCAUAUUUAUAGGACGAUUGCUUGGGUUAUAAUGAGCUUUGAUGUCAGAUUUGAAAAUUUUGGUAAGAUAGAUUUACCAUCCGAUAUUCAUAGGGAUAUGCUUAUAAAUUAUGGGGGAAGGUUCGCUUGUGUUGAUAAAACAUGGUGGAAAAACACACUCUGGAUUUUGAAGGAUGCAGAAAAACACAAGUGGUCAAGUAAAGACUUUUUUUCACCUAUUAAUAUCUAG